AUGGGAGAUAAUUUGACAGCGUUCCAGUAUUUAUCUGAGGAAAUUGACGUGCUGAAGCAUGCAAGUGUUGUUAACGCUAAUAAUGGUGCUGAUACAAAUGAUGGCAUUUUUUUUAUGAUGGCGAUGAUGCUGAUGGUGAUGAUUUUGAAAAUUCUCGAAUCACCAGACCGGACGUCAGUGAAUCAGUGGAGCUGCGCAACUGAUUGCAAGAAUCGGAAACAGAAGCAAAGGAAUUUGUUACAACGAUGA